UUUUGGCGCUCUCUUUUUAUUUUUUCUCCCACCACUACUACUUCACCACCUUCUCUAUUAUUCCCUUCCAUUUUCUCUGCUAAACUGAAUAAUUCUUCUAAUGGGCUAUUUCUCUUGCAAUGGCGAGUCCGCAAUCGCCACCUGUGAUCCCCACUACAAGCACCUCAAGAACAAGACCAAAACCAACACCAACUCUAAAUCUAAAACCCAUAACAUCAGGGUCAGGGAGUUCUCCUACUCCGAACUCUUCGCCGCCACAAACGGCUUCUCCGCCGACACCUUCUUAGGAAAAGGAAGUCAUGGCAGUGUCUACAGGGCCACCCUCGACGGAGGAAACCUCAUCGCCGCCGUCAAAAGGAAUAAACCCUCCGCCAUUACCCACCACAACAUCAACCCCGCAGACAACGAGAUCGAGAUUCUCUCACGUGUCGCAAGCCCUCGACGCCUCGUCAACCUCAUCGGCUUCUGCACCCACCAAAACGACAACCUCAUCGUCGUCGAGUAUAUGCCCAACGGUUCGCUUUACGAAUUACUCCACAGAAAAGCGGUUCGACCGCCCGGUUGGACCCGCCGCGUCCGGUUCGCUCUCCAGGUUGCCAAGGCGGUUCACGAACUGCACUCCGCUGACCCGCCGGUCAUCCACCGCGACAUCAAGUCUUCCAACGUGCUCAUCGACGGCCGAUGGAACGCCAGGCUCGGAGAUUUCGGCCUCGCACUCAGGGGAAACGUGGAGGACGUUCGCUUCACGUGCACGCCGCCGGCGGGGACGUUAGGUUACCUCGACCCGUGCUAUCUUGCGCCGGCGGAUCUCAGCACCAAAAGAGACGUCUUCAGCUUCGGGAUCUUGCUACUCGAGAUAACCAGCGGAAGAAAUGCCAUCGACGUGAACCAUAGUCCGCCGUCGGUUUUGGACUGGGCGGUUCCGUUGAUUAGGCGCGGCGAGUUCGCCGGAAUCUGUGAUCCGCGGAUCGGACCGCCGUCGGAUAAGGCGGCGAUCCGGCAGUUAACGGUGCUGGCAGCGAGGUGCGUGAGAUCGACGGUGGAGAAACGGCCGUCGAUGGCGGAGGUAGCGGAGUGCCUUAAAGAAGUGAGGAAGAGGGUUCACGCGCCGCUGAUAUGGAGUAGCCUGAAGAAACGGGUGAAGGCGCGUGGGGGACCGUUGGUGAAUGACUAUGACAGGAGUGAAGAAGUUGUGAAAGGUGGUAGCAGAAGGAACGGGAAAGUAUCCAGUGUGUCGGGUGUAGAGUAUGAGAGUGAACCCGCGAAUCGAGCGGUGAGGUCCAGGUCCAUUGGUUCUGGUUUCUUUAGCGAGAUUAAAAUGAAGUCAGGUUCGGAUCCGAAUAUGGGUGGGCACCCGAGCAAAAUUGAAUAUGGGUUUGGGAGUAAGAAGGGUAAAAUGGUAGUGACGACGAGGUUCAACAGAUCGAGGUCUAUGGGAUUUUUGCAAAGCCCACGCCGUUUACGUUACGGCAGUGAGAAUGUAAUUGGAAAGUCAAAGAUUAGUCAUCAGAAUCAUAACAAUAAUUAUGACCCAAUUCGUUCGGGGAAGAUGGCAUUGUCUGAGUUGGUCAUUAUGGAUAAGAAGUUGGAACAGAGAAUGAUUGAAAAACCAUUAGUUUAUUCACAUCGCGUUGAGAAUCAAAGUAAUUGAGUGUGGUGUUGUUUAUUUGUUUUUUGUUUUUUUUAAAUCGUUGAUUGGAUUCCUCGGUAUACGCAUGGGAAUCAUUGCGUCUCAAAAGACCGCAAUCUGAUAGGGGUGCUUUGCUUUGCCUUGCCUUUAUAUGAUGAGUUUGAACUUUGAAGGAUUCCAAUUGUGGGUUACGCAUCUUCUAAGAUGGGAACUCUUUCUUUAACAUGACAAAAGUGU